AUGUCUUUGACACUGCUUAAAGCUGAAGUCAAAGUUCCGUUCGCCGGAUAUCGAAGCUAUUGGGAGCCUACUUGGCUGGUCCGUCUCCGAUUUGUGCGAGACGGGCCUUCCAUUAUUCGUCAGGGUUAUCAUCAGUUCAAGGAUUCCCUGUUUCAAGUUCGGCGCAUUGGGGCUGACAUCGUCAUCCUCACACCCAAAUAUGUUGAUGAGAUUCGUGCCCUUUCACAGGAUAAAGUACGCUCUGUUGAGCCUUUCAUCCAUGACUUUAUCGGUGACUAUACUCGCGGCACGGUUUUUCUGGAGAGCGAUCUACAAAACAGAGUGAUCCAGCAAAGACUGACCCCAAACCUGGGCCUUCUCACUUCCAUCAUGAAGACUGAACUAGACCUUGCUCUGAAGAAAGAAAUUCCCGAAUGUAAAGACCAAUGGUUUCAGGUUGAUAUAAACCACCUCCUGGCGCGGACUGUUGCCCACAUUUCUUCCAGGGUGUUUCUUGGCCCGGAAGAGUGUCGGAACGAAGAAUGGCACACAGCAACGGCUGAGUACAGCAAGAAUCUUUUCAUCACUGGCAUGGCUCUACGGAUGCUCCCGCGCUGGCUCCGACCAGUUGUCGCCCCCCUAAUGCCUUCCUACAGGGCGCUGCUCACAAACGUUGCAACUUCUCGAAAAAUCAUCGGCGGCAUUUUGAAUUCACGUCAGGCUUCUAAGAAGGAGCUGGGGCCGAACUAUGCGAAGCCUACGGAUAUCUUGCAGUGGAUGAUGGACGAAGCGACUGGCCGAGAGCGAUCUCUCGACAACUUGGCCCAGCGGAUGCUCAUCCUGAGUUUGACUUCAAUACAUACAACGGCCUUGACGAUGACGCAGGCGCUGUAUGAUCUAUGUGCACACCCAGAAUAUUUCGAGCCGCUUAGAACAGAAGCCGCCAACGCAUUGUUCGACGUCGGCCGAUGGGACAAAACUCUCCUCAGUCGACUCUAUAAGUUGGACAGCCUUUUAAAGGAGUCACAGCGAUUCAGUCCCGUGUUUCUCUUGACUUUUAACCGCAUCUUUCAUAAUCCAAUGACACUCUCUGACGGCACCUUUCUUCCGCCUGGGACUCGCGUCGCAGUGCCUUCGAAUGCCAUUCUGCAGGAUCCUGGUCUCGUCCCCGGGCCCGCCGCGCCCUCCAAAUUUGACCCUUUCAGAUACUCUAAACUGCGCGAGGAUCCGGCUCAAGCCGAGAAAGCACAUCGAUUCAUGUUCACCAUGACCAACUCUAGCAACAUGGCCUUCGGAUACGGGAGAUACGCGUGUCCCGGCCGGUUCUAUGCUGCCAACGAAAUGAAGUUGAUUCUAUCUCACCUGCUUCUACGGUACGAAUUUAAUUUUCCCGCUGGUGCAAAGAGGCCCGCCAAUUUUACGAUUGACAGCGAUAUGUUUCCCGAUCCUGCAGCUCGUCUCUUGAUUAGGGAGCGGAAGUCUCUGGAUCCCUUCCUAUGGAAACUUACAGGAUGA